AAUUUUGCUCUCAAGGCCACCUUCGCGCGCCAAACUGCCAUUAGGCUGACGAGCUGCUGGGUCGGUACUCGCAUUCGAUGCAGCCUUCAUGUCAUCGCGUGCAGCAGACUGGUCGUUCUUGCCUGACUUUUGCCAGUCUUGUGAUCCUGUCACAUUGCCGAUUGUUUCCUGGGAUAUCAGCAAAUGAGUUAUUGAGCCGUAAAUGAUCUACCUCUGCGGCCCCUUUCGCAUAGUUGAGGUGUGCUGCAACGAGUCCUGGCUUUUGAUCAGACAUAGUAUGGUUGUUACUGAGUAGAGCCUGUCCUGUAUCGCCUCUUAUAAGACCUCGACAUGUUCGUGAUGUCAUGCCUGUUCGUGGCAUCUGAAUCUGCUCCCCACUUCAACCCAACACGACGCGACAAAGCGAUUGAAGCGAGCAGGCCUCAUGCUGGAUCAUAGACAUGAGCCCAUCAGGAAGUAUCCCUACGUAUUCCGUAUCUCAGGCUCUGUCCUUCCCCAAAUCUGGGCACAAAUUGUAUCCAUCGGCAUCUUCGCCACUGGUGUCGUGGCAAUAAGCGAGCUGACGCGGUACUCCCUUGAGAUAAACCCUGUCCUCAUCUCGACGCUUGGGUUCAUUGUCAGUUUGUCUCUUUCAUUUCGUACACAGUCAAGCUAUGCGCGAUGGUGGGAAGCACGGAUUGCCUGGGAUAGGCUGACUUCGAAUGCACGCAACCUCUCCCGCGUCAUUUGGAUCUCUGGGCCCGAAAGAACAGGGCAAUACGCAGCGCGUGAUAUAUUGCUCAAGAAGUCUGCCAUCAAUCUCAUUGGCAUCUUUGCCGUAAGUCUCAAGAACCAUCUGCGUAAUCAGCGUGGACAUACGGCACCUGACUUGAUUCAUUUGAUUCCACACUUGGAUACAUAUUCCAGGCGUCCGAAGGAUGGCAAAAGGGAGGAGGCAGAGUUGCGCUCGACCUGGUUCCUUCACAAUGAAGAUGAGACCCUGGGGGACGACUGGUGUCAAGCGACACUGUCUGCUGGAGUCUUGCCAACAGAGAUUACUUACCAUUUACAGUCUUACAUGGAGUAUGUCCGGUCUGCGAAUCCGUCGCUGCAAAACUAUUAUGCACAGAAUAUGACGAUCCUGUUGCACGAGAUGAAUCAGCUUACGAGCAAUUGCGAACGUAUACAAAGCACAAUCUUUCCCGUGGCAUACAAUAUUGUCAUCUCUCAGAUCCUAUGGAUAUUCGUCAUUGGACUGCCAUUUCAGCUAUGCUCUGUCCUGUCUUGGGCAACCAUUCCCCUAUGCAUGGUCACGAGCUCGUUUCUCUUCUCACUCUACUACAUUGGCUCUGAAAUUGAGGAUCCUUUUGGUUUCGACUCGAAUGACCUUGACGUGAGUAAUCCAUCGUUCGAGCCACAACUGACAUCUCCAGCUGGAACGAUACUGCAGGCUGAUUCGCCUUGAGCUAGAUGUUCUCACCUCUAUCCCACCAGCAAAAGUCGAUACUUGGGCCAUCGACAAUCGUUCCAAUAAGCCACUCUUUGGGCUGAGCGAUAAGUCCCUUGCUGAACUCGAGCAACUCCCAGUCAAGGAAAUUCGAUCCAUGUUGGCCAAGAAGGUCAAUCAGACUGCAGCAAGAGUCAUUGAGGGUGAAGCACAG